AAAAUCUAAGUCGCGUGACCUUCGGAAAAUCGAUUUCAACGCAAGAACAAGUCCCUCGAGCUCUACCAGAGGUCAUUUCUCAUUGGGAGACAAAAAGCCGAUGGCCGAGUGCUACCAGGUACAACCGUAACCAUCCAUCAGUUAGUUGUAGUGUGACCAGUAUCAUUCCUUUGUCAAAGACGGUGGUGUGGAUUGAAAGACUCUUUCUCGGGGUUUCAGGUGGGCAAGAAAGCUCAAAAAAGGAAGAAAGAAGGGCGGCAGAAGAGAGAGAGGGACGAUAGUGAAUUCUAGCGUUGUGAAAAAUGUGCUUGGUCACACCUCCAUCAGCGUCCUCUCCUGCCAAUACACGUACCAAAGAAAGGUCCAACAACAACCGCAACGACGACGACAAGAAAAAAUCCAAAAUGCCUCGCAAGACGAGAUCGAGAGCAGCGGCCAGUAGUCCAGCCCAAUUGCGGCAAAUGCACGGCAUUCCCGUGGCUCCCUCUUCCAAAGAGCACAAGCCUUCUGCCAGCCCCAAAAAACGAUCGGCCAAGGCCACCAAGCAUGGAUCUGUGUUUUGGUUUUUUGUCCUUGCCGGCUGUUUCUGGACUGUCUAUACACUCCUUCGAGUCCUUGGACGAGAAGAAUUCGCUCAUUUUCAAUCUGGAAUGGAAAAGGAAACCAAGUUUUUGUCGCAGUAUUUUCGCAGGACAGCCGCAGCGGCUCUGGAUGGUGGUGGCAGUGACACUGCUGGCGCUAAAUUGGUGUCAGCCGCCGCCGUGAUGGUAGAAGGAGCUGUCACACAACAACAGCAACAGCCACAAGAAGUUUCGUAUCAGAGAACCUUAAAAGAACCAAGCAUCAGCCAAUCCGCAGCCAUUGGACCGCCAGUUGCGUUCCAGGCAAAAGCAGCAUCCCAAUACAAGGUGGACUUUUCCCAAUCAAAUCCCCAGCGAAAUCAUGCCAUUAUGAUUCCCUAUAGGGACCGAAAGUUUCAUCUAGAACAAUUCAUCGAACACAUGGGACCCUACCUCAAACGCAAUUUCCCCCAUGAUUCCUUUGAAUUGUGGAUCAUUGAACAAGACGAUGCAUUUCUAUUCAAUCGAGCAUGGCUGGGAAAUGUCGGCGUGACCAGCAUCAAAUAUCAAAACAAACUCUACAAGUAUCAAAAGUUACAGCAACAACAGCAUAGUGGGGGCCCCAUUACCGUGCCACCACCGCCUACAUGUAUCAUUCUGCACGAUGUCGAUCUGAUUCCCACGGUCGAUGGGGUACCGUACACCAAUUGCAGUCGACCCAUGCAGUUGGGCAGUGAGUUGGCACACUUUAACAAUUCCAUCCCGUAUCCCCUGUACACCGGCGGAGUCGGGCCAUCCAUGUUGCUGGAUCAUUGGAUCAAAAUCAAUGGCAUGUCCAACGACUUUUUUGGUUGGGGUGGUGAGGAUGACGAACUAUGGCAUCGACUACGAUUGACAGGUUUGUUGAAAAAACCUGUAAAACGUCCGACACCAACACCCGCUCCAAAUGGGAAACCCUACAAGGGCCCCAAGUUUUGGCCUCCAGAAAUUGUUCGACCGCCCAAAGGAAAAGGCAGGUUCAGGCCUAUCAGCGAAGCACAAACCGUACAUCACAACCAAAAGGAACACAAUCAAUGGACCCGAAUCGGACACAUGUUGGAAUUGAUGCAAAACAAUAGCGCUCGAUGGAAACAAGAUGGACUCAGCGAUUUACGAAUGACAGUCACGGGAGAUGCCAUGACAGUCACACACAUGGACUCGAUUGCCUUCACUAAUCACUCGGUUCCCACGGAUCCAUCCAUUGCGGCAACCACCCAGUCCUCGACAACCACCAUUACACGGAAACAUUACCCCACUGCCAAACGACAAGGAUCCGUCAUUUCGUCCCUUUCGAUCGAGCCAGCGGCAUUGGCAUCGUUCGCAGCCAUUCAUCACAUCAGAGCGAUACCUAAACUCACCGCGUUGGAAUUCAUUCAUGUCACUCAAACCGAUGGUGGGCGCAUUGAACGAGCGGGAGCCAAGGCAGGGAUAGCCUGGGGUGCCUGUCACUAUCAUCACGCCUUGGAAGAAAAAAUGGGAUGUCCAGACAAGGAUGAUCCCGAGUGGGAAGGACGGGUCAAACAGCGGAAGAGUCGCGCAGGUCACACGCCGUGGCAUUCGCCUCUACAGGAUUUUGAAGAGAAUCCAUAUAGGGGCAGGCCGACCUUUGCUGUCGUACGGCAUCCUUACGAUCGUUUGAUUGACUUUUUCUACUGUCCUUGGAACGGAUUCAAGGGCGAGAAAACUCCCAGUGCUGCAGAUUUGAACGCUUUUCUACAAAACGCCAUGUUUCCGCCGCCUAUACCAGCCGAAGACGAUGGCACGAAAAACAAAAAGACGAAAGCCCCCAAACGCCCUACACCGGCAGCUUUUUCGCAUCUGCGGCCAUUAUCUCACUACGUCUUUGCCCACGACGAGAUUCACUUGUACUCGAAACCCUUUGUGACACACAUGGUGCACUACGAGAACCUCGAACAAGAGUUUAGGACCUUGAUGCAACAGUAUGGGCUGCAAAACGCAGUGAUGCUGCCAACGAAAACCCCCUCGGGCUCCAAGUACAUCAAAACUUUGACUCCACACGAUUUCUUUCCCAAAACGCUCGAAAUGAUACAUAAGUUUUACGCUGGUGACUUUGAUCGAUUCAACUAUGAUCGAGCCCUUCCAAGCAAACGGGCACAAGAUCUGGAGCAAGAUGCGGUGCAAGAAUUGGCGCAGAAAAAUGAACAGCAAGAACAAGAACCAGCACCAGUGCAGAAUGAUGCCCCAGGAAUCGACAUGCAACAGGUUAGGAUGCAACAGGGAGACAUGAUGGGCAGAAUGAACAUGAUGGGCAUUAAAGACCCGGCUGAAAUUCUACAGGGGGCUUGAGAGAUGCGUCGCGAAGGCAGUCUCAAACCAAGCUGAAUGCUACCGUUCCAGGGAAGGCGAAUGCCACGGUGGCAUCUGCUGUGGCUUGCACUGCGUGAGCGAGUUUCGCCCUGGUGCACUAUUGGAUCGUCCGUUUGCUUGCCUCGGGCAGCAUGCACCCUCGCCUUGUGGGGAACGUGCUGUUUCAUCAGCAACGUGCGGUGGUACUACUAGCAGUUUCUUUGCCCUGACCAACCCGGAUGGCCGGUUUAAACUAGCCUUGGUCCCUCGGGGAUUGUGGCACUCUCUCGUUGCGUCGGGAUUGGGGUUGCCACCGAACCAAUAAAAUAAUUGUAGCCAGCCAGCUUGCUGGCUUCGUCAGAAGCAUCCCUCUCGACCAGAUUAAAGCUACUGUAGUUGCCACUGGCCAGAGCUUGGAUAAGGCGAAAGCGCAACGCAGCUCCCCUUUUGUGUUGGCUGCAGGUACCGGUACACUGUACACGUUCAGACUACAUACAUGCAAACAAGUUGUGGAAAAAAUGGUUACUACUUCGUUUUUAUGUUCAAAAUCUCUAAUUUGUGCAAUGUGUCUGGAAGCUUUGUACAAUCCUUGGUACGGUACCGCUACCCCUUUGUCUACUUCGUGAGCUGCUUCAGUUCGAGUGAGCUACGGGGACACUCAUGGUGAUCAUAUGCGGAGUAGAGAACCCUUCUGGAAGUUGCUUGUUUGCUGCCAUGUUGUUGAGCAUGGCGUAGAAGUGCUGUUGAUACUGGGCUGUGGCUACGGCAAAUCCAGCUGCGAAGCUCGAAGUUGCUGGGUUGUUCGGGUCGAGAGAAGGCAUGGGGAACUGGAACGCCAUCUGGUUCAUUGGGGGCGUGUUUGCCAUCUUGGGUUGGUGGUCUGGAGUCACCGAGUUACAGGGUGCCGGCGCAGCUUGGGCAAAUGUAGCUUUGGAGGCAGUCGGCUGAGGAACAACGGCAGUGGCCAGAGGAGGAGCAACGUUUGUGAAAGCCACUGGUUGCGUUUGCUGCACUCUGUUGGCUGCUGAGGAGACAGCUGAGGUAUUUGCUGCAGUUGAUGCGGCAGAGGCCGUGGGCCCCACUGGCGCGGGAGCUUGUUCAAGAGCAGCCGUCGACUCGACCGCGAGCUCAGGGGGAAUCUCAGUGGGCGAAGGAGCAGCAGAUGAGUAAGGUGAGCCCUCCUUCGACGACGAAGCCUUGAAAUGACCAGUAAUGAUUGGCAUUCUAGCCUUGGGACCACUCUCGAGGGUCUUUUGGAGGAAGAUGGAUUCUUCGUCAGCGUUUUGGGGGACAGGGUAGAUCUCGGAGAUCUUGUAGAAGUCAGGUUCGAGGUCGGGGUCCACAACACGCUUUUCAGCGACACCGGGGCGCUUCAUAGACUUGCACAGGUGUGGCAAUCCACGAAGGAACUUUACAUGGUAGUAGGAGUUUCUGUGAAACCGAGUAAAAAGGUAAUCAAGUGAGUGACCGGAUCAGAUGUCUACGAACAAGGGACACCAAAGACCUUUUGAAACAUACCUGUCAGGGCCCUGCGUGAUGCGGCGGAAGCCCCAUCCAUUCGCCUGGCGGACGAAGCUAGAAAACUUCGAGUGUUCAAAGAACCGAGGGAUGACCUUGGUUUCGAACUCCCGAGGCUUCAACACUCGCCAGCUACGACCAUGGGGGAGCCAAUCGAUCACAUCAGCCAAAUCAGGCUGACUAAGAAUGGCAUGAAGCUUGGCAGGAAAGUUGGGAACCCUUCCAGGGAAAGUAAGUGGGGUCAACGGAUCAGGAUCUUCUUCCUUAGAGUGAUCAUGAUAGUAGAAGAAGGGGUAAGGCUUCAGCUCAGGCUUGCCCGGAGUCGCGGUUGUUUCGACAACAGGAGCUGCAGCGGUGAUCAUCAUGAUAUUAUCCAUAGUGGUACUGGUGCGGGCUCUCUUGUUUUGUUGCUCAUGGCCGGUUGAUUCGAGACCAUGUUUUCCACCGUACGCUUUCCAAGAAGUCAAGGCGCUUGCCGCCAAGUUUACAACGUGCUCACUCAUUCUAUCGAUAUGUUGAAGCGAGAAAGUGACUUGCCUAUGAUCGGAUUGAACAUUGUGAGAGGAGAAAAGGACAAGAGCAGAAACUGCCUACAAUUUUGCACGAUUGUUCCUUCAAAGUGCAACAACCUUUCCUUCGUGUGGAGACCCAUCAUCGAACAUCACUUGGAUGUCUCAGCCCCAUCCGCCAGAUCUCCAAAAAAGUGGUACCGAUCACGGCGACAUCCAGACGUGGAUAGAUUGUUAAAUCGUCUUGAUAAAUGACAGCGGUGCGAUAGACAUGCGAUGCCGUACCAAACGUUUGGAGCUCUCCGAAAAAGCUUCUCGGCCACAUCAUCAUGGCGUUGGCAGUCGUUAGCUCGCAUUUUCCGCAUUCGUAAGGGUGAUGCAAACUCUACCUUAACGAUGGACCAAGACACUUGACUUUGCAACCUUUCAAACCGUUCCGCACAUGCACUCUUGAUGAUUGAGUCUGCUUGGAGAGGGAGCGUGCUGGUGUUCCAAAGAAGCUCUCAAGCCCUAACUAUUUCGCUCUAGAUUUGCUAUGCAAAAGUUGCGUCGUCGCUUUUAUCUGUCCCAGAGCUGUCUCGCGGAGGGAAGUCGUGACGCAAUAGUCUCCUCUCGGAAAUACCGUUGGUGUCAAGAGAGGGCAACGUCAGGGUGAUGUUACACACAACGCAACAGGGAAACCUUUCGCGGAAGAAGCCAGGAGCUGAAGAAGGUCUCUCUCAAAAGCAGAAGCUUGGUGGCUCCAGGGAAUCCUGUUGGAUCCAAUGAUCGCCGUUUUGCUUGCAAUUCUUUCCAUGGAGGCUGCUGACACCGUCACAUCUUUCUCGGUGUCAACACAGAGCCAUGACCAGGUCAGGCCAUUGCAUACUAUUUUUCUCGACUGACGAGGGAGUACGUAAUAGUGCAUGGCCAACUGACACUAUUCUACUUGCCUAGUAGCUAGCUCGGAGACUCUGACUGGACGAGCUCUGGACGUUUCCUUCUUUGGCCGAGAGACUGGCCAUCGCGAGCUGCGGAGAGAGAGAGAGAACCCCAAGUGCAAGAUGGGAUGCUCCAGUUGAACGUGAAGUGUUCGAUGGAGUUCACGGUUGAGCUAUCUUUGACAUGGAGCCGUUAUUAUAAAUCAAACAUUCAGGCAGAACGGAAUCUUGUUACUCUGCGCCUACUAAACACCUAUGUUGUUUCGAAGCAUGCAAAUUUUGAC